AUGGGGCCCCCGGGCAAUAAGAAAUCACGGGGCCCCUGUGUCCUUGUCCACACUCAAACCACACCCAAAAAAAAAAAGCCUAUGAAAGGUACCAGUGGCAUCUGAUGGGGCCCCCUACUGACCCUGGGCCCUCGGGCCUAAAUGAGAUUUUAGUGACUCGAGCUACAUUGGGAACAAUGGUGUCACUCAGGGGCGGACUGACAACUCAUGGGGCCCCACAGGCAAUAGGGGAUCAUGGGGCCACUGUGUCUUUGCCCAAACUCAAAAAAGCCUAUGAAAAAGGUACCAGGGGCAUCUCAUGGGGCCCCCUACUGACCCCAGGCCCCCAGGCCCGAGUUUCCAAAUGGUCAGUCCGCCCCUGGUGUCACUCCAGCUGUACGGUGUUUGUGCGAAUGACAACAUUCACA